CGCUUGUUUCAGACUUGUCGUAAACAAGCCGAACAACUAGUUGGCGUGCGUACGCUUAGGAUGGUCGGUUUAUUCUCUGUAGUAUCCCGACGUAAAUAUUUGUAGUGCCAUUAAACGGUUGAUUAUUUAAUUUUUUUUCUAUUCGUAGUCGUUCAAUCGUUCAAAAGUUCAUUUGAAAUUUUCAUUAUUUUAACUUAUUGUGUGCAUUGAAUACGGUUAAUUCAUGUGAGGUGAUUUUCAACUGUGAUAUACCUACCUAUCUGAUUUAUUUGUUAAUUUAUUGAGUUGAAAUUAUAAUGGUGAAGUGUUUAUACACUUAUCGCGUCCUACCGGGAAAUUAUGAAUUGAGCCUCUAGUCUGAAUUUUGGAGAAUAAUUCACAUAAUUUUUUGUUGAAAUCAAAAAUGUUUCCCGCAAUGAAAUCAGUCAUAUAAAAUGGAUACCAGUCGUCCAAAAUCACAUACCGGAGAUUACAGUAUCAAACGGCGCUUUGGUAAAGGUUUCAGAAAUUCUAAAAAAAAUAUAAUGAUAUUUUCAAGCAAUAAAAAUGAAGAUUCAAUCAACGAAAGUUUCGAAACAUACAUGAAUGCAACGCCACAUAGAUCUUGUUCCUUGAAUGCUUUGCAUACAGGCCAAGUUUUAUUACAACCCAGAAUGGCACAAUUGGAAACAUUAGAAGCCAAAAUGGCCAGGAUUGAAAAUUCUCUUUCAACUACUCCCAGAAAGAAGAAAAUCUCUACCAGCAAUACAUCAGUCAACUCAACUUUAACUACGGCAAAUAUCAACUUGAGCAAUGUGGAUGAUGAUAAUAUACUCCAGCUUCCCAAAGAUAGUACAGUCAAUUCAUUCUCGGCAUAUUCAAAAUCACCCCAAAAAAAUGAUAGCACUUCGAUUUACCACACUUCGAAGGACAUAGCGAGGGAAAUGGAUGCGUUGAAAAAUGCCUUGAAAGACAAAGAACACGUUAUCGAUAGCUUAAGAGGACAGCUGAAUUCGUCUUUGAAUUCCAAUAAAUUUUCAACUACUUACUUUCAAUCAAAACAGAAAAAUGAACAUUCAGCUCGCGACAGAAAGAUGGCGGAAGAAAAACUCGAAAGAUUGAAUCAUGAAAUGGAGAACAAAACUUUAUUAAUCAAAAAUAUUAGAGUAGAAUUGGAAAGACUGGAUAUUACAGAUAACAUAGAUAUUAGAAUACAACAAGCCGAAUUGGAGUAUCAAUUAGGAAGAGAAGAAUUAAACUUAUUAGGGAUACUGGAAGAAAGUCAAAGUCUGAAAGCUUGUCUAGAAGAAUGUGACACAACGACAUUACAAAAAGAAAACGUUACUUUAUUCAAUUUCUUGCAAAAUGAAUCUUCAGUCAGUGUGCAUGCCAUCGAAAUAGUUUAUGAUCCAAAAAGUCCUCGUUUUGGAGGUAAAGUAUCCGAAGACGGCGAUGGUUUAUAUGUAGAGUGGUCCGCAGAAAAUUCUGGAUUAAUGAAAGGAGACAGACUAUUAGAAAUAAAUGGAAAAAACACGUUCAAUUUAAAAAAUCGCGAUGACAUGGUACGACUUCUCUCCGUAUCACCAAAUCCCGCUCAAAUUGUAGUACUUCGAUGUAACAGCAAAAAAGAUCAAUUUUCCGUGUCAGUUCUUCAAGAAGAAUUGGAUGCAUAUCGUGAAAAAGCAGGAGAAGCUGAACGUUUGCGAGACACGUUCCGUAGUGAUAAUCUUCGUUUAACACAUCGAAUUUCGUAUUUAGAAGAGCAAGUUUCUGAACUGUUGUCCAAAGUAUCCAGAGAUGAAACUCGUUCAACUAAAGAUUCAACUGAUUACAUCCUGAAAACACAUAAACCCCCCGAAUCCCAAGUACAAAUUUUUCAAAAAGGUUCAAAAGUUACGGUAAUAGGAAACGCUGAUUCGAAUAAAAAUAGCUUAAAAAGAAUACACGACCUACCGAUAAUUUAUAAUAAAUUACACCAUAAAAAUGAGACGAAGCCAACAGAAGAUGAAGUGAUAAAAAAUGGGAAAAAUUAUACCGACACAAACAACUAUCACAGAGAAAAUAACGCUGUGCAUCUUUGUAUUACUCAGUCAUCUAGGGAUAAUUCACCUCAAAUUUAUACCAAUGAUGUUUCUAAAAAAACGAAUGAUCUAACCACUCGAUUAAAUUUGAAAUAUUAUCCUGAAUUAAAUUCUCCGAGACAUCAUCAUCAUCAUUUAAAUGUUAUCAAUAUAUCUGGUAGUAAUUGUGAAAGUAGUAAAAACAAAGAAAAUUACUAUAACUUGAUGAACGAGAAGAAAAUUAAGUAUAUUAAAGAGUCACAAAAUUCUUUAUUCAAUAAUAGUAACCGAACUUCCGGCGAAACUGGCCGUCGGCAUUUUAGAGACGAUCGCAGCUGCAAGUCAGUUGAUUUUGAUUCAGAACCAAAUUACCAAUCUUUAAAAAAUAUGUGUAAUGGACGAUCAAAAAUGUACGAUUCAGAGACAUCCUCAGACUACGUUAGAACAAUAAAAUAUCCACGUCCUAUCCCUCCUCAAAAACCUUUGCGUUUAUCUCUUCAUAAAGGCUGUAGUCUUCAGUCUGUAAAAAUCGUUGAUAAAUCGAGUGAUCUUUCUUCUAGCAAAAAAAAUUUCAAGAAAUCUCAUAAAUCCGAAUUAUGUAUAAACCCAAGUAGUGUCGACAGUAUCGAUAGAUAUUCAAGUGACAAUAAAGGAAAAAGCAUAGGUUACUGAAUCAAUUGCUAAGUACUUAAGUAGUAACAGUAACUACCCACCCACCCACCUACCUACCUACCUACCUACCUACCUACAAGUACAUACAUAACUACAUACGUACAUACCCUUACGGAAAAAAAUAGUACUUUCUGAGUAGUAGUUUUUUAACGGAGUAAAAAGUACUACUUUUUAAGACCUUCAUGGAGAAAUAUUAGUAGUUUUACAUACAAACUACUACUUUUGUCUAAAAACUAGUUCAAAUUACUACUUCGUAAGUAGUAGUUUUGAAGUAGUAAUUUGAACUAGUUUUUAGACAAAAGUAGUAGUUUUUAUGUAAAACUACUAAUAUUUCUCCAUGAAGGUCUUAAAAAGUAGUACUUUUUACUCCGUUAAAAAACUACUACUCUCAGAAAGUACUAUUUUUUUCCCGCAAGGGUACCUAUCUAAAUGUUGUUCAGUCCGAAGAUUGCACUCUGUUUUAAUGUUAAAAUUGUUGAAUCUAAUGUUAAUAUAAAUUUGUGAACGACUUCCUAGAAUUUGUAAAAAUAACUUAAGCAAAUACUUAGGGGAUUAAUUUUUUUAACUUCAGAUUUUAAUUUGUUGCUACAUACAUAAAAAGACUCUUUAAUAAAAAUCUUGUUUUCA